GAAUAGGCGGGGUGUUGAAGAGUUACAGUGUUAUUCAAGUCCAGUUACCCAACAGCUCCGGAGAAGAAAGAGCCUUUUAUUGUGGGUUUCACUGCCUGAUCCCACACAUCCAGGCUGUGAUGUAACUGUCCUCUGCAGAGGACCUUCAACAUUCUGCAGAUGAAAACAGCAAAAAUGCAGUUUAUUAACAGCGUGUUGUUCUUCGGAACUCUGGCAGGCAGUGGGAUGAUGGGCAUGAUGGCCGUGCAGUUGGAGGACUGGCAGACGGCGACGUCCAUCUACGACUUCAGUGCCAUUGAUAUUGAUGGAAAUGAAGUGUCCCUGGACAAAUACAGGGGUAAAGUGGUCAUCAUUACCAACGUUGCUUCCAAAUGAGGCAAAACCCCCAUAAACUACUCUCAGUUUGCAGAGAUGCACGCCAAGUACGCUGAGAAAGGUUUAGCCAUCCUGGCCUUCCCAUCCAACCAGUUUGGAAAUCAGGAACCAGGCUCCAGUGCACAAAUCAAAGAAUUUGCCAAGUCUUACAACGCACAGUUUGACAUGUUCGGCAAGAUUGAUGUGAAUGGGGCCGACGCUCAUCCUCUGUGGAAGUGGCUGAAGAGCCAGCCCAAUGGCAAAGGAUUCCUGGGAAAUGGAAUCAAGUGGAACUUCACUAAGUUCCUGAUUAACCGUGAGGGCCAGGUUAUGAAGAGAUACUCUCCAAUGAGUGAUCCAAGUGUGGUGGAAAAGGAUCUGCCCAAAUAUCUGUAGCUCUGUGAUGAUGGCACCUUAAUUUAGGCCCCUAUCCUCUCCUGUGGAUCGCUGACUGUCAGUGGGAUCAAACCAUGGACUAAUGACGGUCUGUCUGGAAACCCGUCGUACGGAAAGGACAGACCUGAUGCAUUUGGCGUGCAAAACCUCCUGGGUGGAUCACCAGGACACAAGCGGUCAGCCGGAGAGGGUCCCUGUUCUUCCACUGUUCUAAUGCUCUCACAUUAUAAUAAAUUCUACUGUACUUACAUAUGUGUAACUAUUUCUGAAUAAACUCACUGAAUCUCAAUUUAAA